GGACAAUCCUCUGUCGCAGUAGGAAGCAGGGCAGCACAACAAACAUGGUGGAUUGCCCCCUUCCUCUCUCUGUCCUCCUCUCGUUCUUCCCCACAUUUUCACGUCAAAGAUCAGUUCUCGACUCUAGAAAGCGCGGAGCGAUCUAUAUAUAAUGGUCGUGUGAGUGCCGGAGGAAGGGGCGGAGUAGGCAGCGGAGAUGGUCGGCAACAGCAAUGGCGUCUACGGCUGUAGAAGCGCCAGCAAGCUGCUGGAGAUUCUGAACGUGAGGAUGGUGGGCGCCGGGGAGCGGGUGGUGGUGCUGUCGCAUGGCUUCGGCACCGACCAGUCGGCGUGGAAAAACGUGCUGCCCUACUUCCGCCGCGACUACCGCAUCGUCCUCUACGACCUCGCCUGCGCCGGCAGCGUCAACCCCGACCACUUCGAGUUCAGCCGCUAUACUACCCUCGACGCGUACGUCGACGACCUGCUGGCCAUCCUCGACGCCCUCGGCGUCGAGCGCUGCUUCUUCGUCGGCCACUCCUUCUCCACCAUGAUCGGCAUCCUCGCCGCCAUCCGCCGGCCCGAGCUCUUCCUGAAGCUCAUUCUCAUCGGCGCAUCCCCCAGGUUUUUGAACGACGACGAGUACCACGGCGGUUUCGAGCGGGGGGAAUUCGACGAGGUGUUCGCGGCGAUGGAGUCGAACUACGAGGCGUGGGUGCACGGGUUCGCGCCGCUGGCGGUGGGCGCGGACGUCCCCGCGGCGGUGCGCGAGUUCAGUCGGACGCUGUUCAACAUGCGGCCGGACAUCUCGCUGUUCGUGUCGCGGACCGUGUUCAACAGCGACCUCCGCGGCGUGCUGGGCUUCGUCACGGCCCCCUGCGUCAUCAUCCAGACCGCCAAGGACGUCUCGGUCCCCCUCUCCGUGGCCUUCUACCUCAAGGACCACCUCGGCGGCCGGGCCACCGUCGAGCUGCUCCCCGUGGAGGGCCACCUCCCGCACCUCAGCGCCCCCGCCGCCCUCGUCCACGUCCUCCGCCGUGCCCUCGCCCCAUCCGGCGAAUAAAGCCUUCUCCUUUUUUUCCGUUUUUGGCCGCAGAAGGUGGAGAAUAAAGUCGAUUGGUGGUCACUUUCCGCUCCGCGACAUCAAUCCACAAGAACUAAUCAACGAAAUCGCCAGUCAACUAGGCGGAGCAGGGCGAUCGCGACUUCCCCUCCGAUCUUGUUCCUUCUUAAUUGUUCUUGCAUUAAAAGGAAAAAAAAAACUAUAAUCGAUUAAGCGUUGAUUGAAUUUGCAAAACAAUUAUGAGGAAUGAAUGAUAUGAGAUGAGUAGGCUCCGA